CGGUACAUGUAUCAGUCCUGUUAUUGCCCCUGUCAGCUCCUACACGCAGUCAUCCUUAUGUGAGUCAGUGGCGUGUGACCUCAGUGCUCUCUGUGAUUGGGGUGCCUGUCAAACAUCUUCAGGGAGGCAAGGCGGCAGUAUCAAGAUAAGGAAGGGGUCUUGAGGCAGGAUCGUCACCAUGAGACUUUAUACCAUAGUGUGCCUCAUGGUGGUGCCGGCCGUGAGUCCUGGGGUGGCAACACAGAUGGAUAUGGUGCCUCAGUCUUUGCUGCAUCCCUUAGAGACCUCUGCUAACCCCAUGUCAAGACCCACAGGCAAACUCAACCCUAUAAUGAGUGCCUCCCCCUCCCAGGACACACCUGAGACACAUCCUUUAACCAGGGGAAAGAAAAAAACUCACAAUGGCUCUGAAAUAUGUAACACCACUGAGCCAGUAUCUUGCGCCACGCUGACCCAAGCUAAAUUCUAUAUGCUCAAUGUCAGUGGCUCUCAACCAUGCAGAUUCAGUUGUUAUUAUGACCCAUCUCAGAUGAGCCCUCUGAGACUGGAGGUUCAUGAGCACUACCAGCACCCCAUGAAGUCCCCUGUGUAUGUCUCUGUCCAGCAAGACUUUUACAUUAGUUCCUGGACACUGCCGAUCAUCUUUCCCGUCAUGGGCGAAGACCAGAAGUUUACCUCCCUGGAGACCCUCCUGUGUCCUCCUGAAGGUGAUAAAAAUGAAACGGUGGACUUUUCAUUGUCUACAAGAGGCGCAGAUAAUAAGGGGUUGCAGAUUGCCUUGCAUAAUGUGUCCUUCAUCUUACAGAAAAACGUCAACGUCUCCUUCACGGUGAGCCCCGUGUCUCCGUGGUACAAGCGUUACCUGUGGGCUGCCUCGGAGGAGUCUGUCCUUGUCACCGCUGAGAGUAACAAAGAUUCAGACUCACACAUUUGUGCACUCCUGGUCCUUCAGAAUGCCAAGUGUCCUGUGCAUUCAGAGGUGUCCGGGCUUACUGACCGAGGCCGUUACCAGACCUUCACGAAGCGGGCUGGGAUGGUGGCAAGAAAGUCCGACUUUCCCGACGGGAUUCAUGCCAUUGUCAUCUCCCUCCCAGAUGAUGAAGCCUGCAUCCUCAACCCUUCAGCAGCAAGUCAUAACAAGACGAGUAACAGGAAAAAGACUGUGGUGCUGGAGGUUUUCAAUCACGCCACAAUAGGAACAACUUGGUACAUUUUCUUCAUGACUGGCAUUGUCCUUGCUGUGGUAACCAUAGCAGCCACAGUAGUCAUUUGUUUCCUAAUCAAGAGGACGUUAUCUCCGCAUGGUCCUCAGACUGUGGACGGGAGGCCUCUGCUGGAGGGUUCCCGUGAGAACUUAAUUUACCGAGUGGAGGUCGGGGGAGGUGUUGCCAUGGGGGGCAGGGAGAGCACCCAAACAUGCAACAUACCUCCAGGACUUGGGAACAACUUGCCCCAGAACAACCUGGACCAUGAGGGAGAACACUUGGGGCCUGGGAUCCUUGGAGAGGGUGCAAGGGGUGCUGAGAGGCAAGGUCUGCUGGCACUGGAAGCUUCAGACCGAGGACUAGGUGCUGGUGCGCACGGUGGUGGCCGGGCCAUCAUUGUGACUCAGCCUGCACCACAAGUCUUACCGCCAACCACCUACUCACCCCAGGGAGAGGCGCUGAUAUUAGAUAACACCUUUAACCCUCUGUUUGUGUGGUGGUGGAAGAGUGUGGCGGUACAUGAGUCAAAGACGGCUGAAGCACAGGUGUCAGAGGUUGGCUUCCAGAACAGCUUGGUCAUCAUGGGUGUGUUUGCUGCCCUGCCCAUGUCUGAGCUCCUGCGAUCCUACCUGGGCGUGGUGCUUUCCCAGAUGGUGCUGCAUCAUGGCCAGGAGGAUCUGUGCUUCUGGAACUCGCGCUGCCUCACCACCUUCGCCAUGUUGCCGGACUUCACCAGAGUGUUCAGCAACCUCAGCUACAUCCAGCUCGGCAUCGCUUUUGUGUUUAUCGUCAGGAAGCACAGGAACGCUACUUAUAGCAUUCUGCAAGGAAUGACCCCAGAAAAUAGUGUGGGCGUGUGUCGCAACUAUGGGCUUUUCACCUCCUUAGGCUAUGGCCUCAUCAUGCAGGGAGUGAUGUCAGCCCUGUACCACACCUGCCCGAACAGCGUCACCAUAAAGUUCGAUCUGAUGUUCAUGUAUGUGAUGAUGGUGGUGUCAGUGGUGACCAUCUGGGGCUUGCGCCACGGGGACGUCACUCACCACGUGUACCCAACCGUCAUUGCCGUGGGGCUCGCGCUGAUCAUGGCCGAGGCGCGCUUGUGGUUCAGCUAUGAAUGGUUCUGGGGAAUUUUCUCUACCAUCUAUGCUAUUAUCCUGAUCUCCAAUGCCAUGUUCAUGUCUGUUUAUGGCAUUUGGUCCUUCUCACUCCCCAAGCUGUGGCAGGCAUGGAGUGGGUGGAGAGAAGUCAUGAGGAAGCUGAAAAAUGUUCUUGAGGAGCAGGACACAACCUCUCGGCCAAUGCAGGUGGUGCGGCCCAUGGUUGGAGUUGGCAUUAAUAUUGGCCUUAUGUUGUAUGGCAUCCUGGAUGACCCCAAUUUUUAUUACUUCAUCCUGAUCGUCUGCCUUGUCAACAUGGGCGUCUACUUUGCCAAUUAUGUGGUGGCAAAGAGGUUGGGAUUCAAGGAGAAGGGAACACUUCUGGGGUGGACGUGUUUGACUCUGUCCAGUGUGCUGUGGGUCAUCGCACUCGCAUUCUUCUUCCAGAAACGAACUGACUCAGAGGGCUCCCCAGCAGAAUCUAGAGCCAAGAACUCUCCGUGUGACUUCCUGUCUGUGUAUGAUGAACACGACAUCUGGCACAUCACCUCCUCAUUUGCCCUUUUCUUCUUCUUUGUCGCACUCCUGACCAUGGAUGACGACCUCUUCUCUACCCCGGCCAAGGACAUCAAGGUGGCCUAACUCCCUGCCAGCCUCCUCCCCUGCCUGGGCUCAUUAGGCAAAGGGGGGCAGGGGGAGAGAGAGAGAGAGAGAGAGAGAGAGAGAGAGAGAGAGAGAGAGAGAGAGAGAGAGAAGGUGGGGGGAAGCAGUGAACACUGCUAUCACUUUUAUAUAAGAAGAGAGAGAGAGAGAAAGAGAUUUUUAAACCAUACCAAAUUCAGGUCGAGAUUAGGUGACUUUAUUUUUAAUCUAAAGUAAAACUAUACCAGACGACCUCUGCCAUGCCACAUCUCUACCUUGGAGAAUUCUAAGGUGAAGAUGAAGGAAGUGGUCUUCAAUUUUUUAUCUAAUUUAAAGAGUCCCUUUCCCUAGAGUGGCAGACUUUAUCAGAUUGCAAUGCAUAAUUAAGUGGCCCUUUGAGCCAUUUGAUAUUAAUUUUAACGUAGGGGUUUGUCCAUGUGGAAUAUGAUUGAAAAAAAUAAUUAAUAUGAUGUGAAGCACACUACAUACGUUGAGGCAGCUGGAGUGACCCGCCUGAAGCGGAAAGCGAUCGUAGUCCAACUUUACUGUGGUGCAACCUGAUUGGCUGAAUGCUUGAAGUGAUGGCCUCCCACCUCACUGAUCUCAGUUGGAUUCCCAGUCACAUGUGUUUCAGAAUGAGCAGAAGCUUGCAUUAAACAAUGGCUGAGUGGUCAGCACUCAGAGCUGGUGAAUGCUGGGUAAUGAGUGUGUCCCUUUGAUGGCUGACUUUCUGACCACUGUAAGUACUUAGUCUCUCCAGUGAGCUUACAAAGUACAGUGGACCUACAUAUAAUGAUUUAAACUUGUUUUUAAGAAGCUUCAAUUAUAUUGAUGUAAAACUGGGUUCGGAAACAUUGUGUUACCUUCCUGAAAGACUGCAUACAUUACUUAAGUAAGUUUGUAAGGGCAUUGUAUCAAGGUGACUGUCCUGUCUAAUAUCUAAGCUACAAGUGUUUUUCUAACAAAUGUAUAAUUUCUUUGUUGGGCUAUGCCAGGGAAGUCAUUCAAGUAAAGCAAAGGCUUGAAAUACUGAAUUUGCACCAAACUACUGGUAAUAAAUUAUCUGUUUUCAGCCUUUGUAUUUCUCAAUUAGAGCUGCUUGUGAGGGGCUAUUUUAGGUAUUUUAAGUUAUUUGUUUAAGUUUUUUAGGCCUUGCAUCUAGGUUGUUUUAAAUCGGUUGCCUGCUGCUCCUUCCUUCCUUUCCAGAGCUAUUACCAAAGUGCAUACCUGCCCAACUGGAGCAGGUGUGUUCCUCCUCUGCCAAGUCCCUACAGUUGUCUGGCAAAGCUCAUCAGAAGCUGCGCCCUGUGAUAUCCCAAUGUCUUGUCACUUCCCCCUGCCUGUGACUCACCCAAAUAUCCCAACCUCUCAACAGGCCCCUACCCAAGCCUGUUUCCCACCCAAAUACCUGCAACACCUCCCUCUACAUGCCCCCGUCACCCACAUGGUCUUGUAUCCCUUGAAAUUCAGCCAUCCGGCCAGCCACUCCUCCCUCCCUCCACUACCAGCCUUCCGUAAGCCCUACUGUUUAUUCCCAUACACCUAUCAAGCCCUCCUCCAUGCCCAAUACACUCACUUUCCCAUAUAUACAUGUUGUCCCGCCUCACCCAACCAGCCACCUUGCACCCUCUUUAUCACCUCAUCCAACACCUCUCUGUCACCUCCUCAUCCUGCACACACCACUGUUACCACAGCCUUUUCUUUUUACAUUAACCUUUUUCCUUUCCUACCCUGACUCAUGAUUAAAUUUGUGUUGUAGCCUGGUAAUUGUAAGGCUGUGAUUAGAAGUAAUGAAGUACAAGAAAUACAACAGUGGAACAAGAUGCUGCAAACAAGAAAUGAGGAAAAAAAAAAUGAAAAUGAUGUAAGAAGAAAAUUAAGUGCCAUGUAGUGCCUCCUGAUAAAGUGUACGUCUGCAACAUGUGUGUCAACGUCUGCCAUAUCGUGAUGCUCAAUUCGCACCAUAUUGAACCCUUAAUAACAGACCAACAUGGCAUCCCAGUUUUUAAUGAUCAGCUUAAUGGUUACACGUCAUUUGAUGGUAAUCCACUCCGGCCGCUCUACUCUCAUGCCACCACAUAUUCUGCCUUUGUGAUUAUGGGAAACAGUUGCGGUGGUCUUAGGUUUUACAUAAUUGUAUUUUUUAGAUUUUUGUGGUAAUUUAAUAAAUGUAUUGUACUAA